AUGUCUUACAACAACAACACUUAUAACAACCAAGAUUCAAACGCUUUCAAUGAUACCAACCCUUACAAUAACGAGCAACCCUCAAAUCCUCGCCAUGACCGUGCUGACCGAUUAAACAAUCAAUUGAGUGAAAACCAAGGCAUUUCAGCUACAGGUCUGAACGACCCCUAUACACAUGCUAGUGCUCCUACUCGUACUCAAGGAACCACAUCCGAACGUAAUGAUCCCUUGAACUACUCUGGCGCUCCUAUUGCCGACACAAGAAAGGUCGACCAAACAUCCUAUGAUAACAAUGCUCCUGGCAUGUACAACCCCUCUGAAGGUAACCGCACCGCUGGUACUGGUAUUCCUUCUGUCACUGCUACUCAAAACAUCCGAUGUGGUGGUUCCGAAGGUGGUCGUUUCGGUGAAGCUGAACAAAGGUCUGAUGUAACCGAUUUACCUGGAUCUCGUUCUCAAGGUCAAACAGGUACAGGUACAGGCACCGGCACCGGCACUGGUCUUGGUCUUGGUAGCCAAACAGGCCAAACAGGCCACACAGGUUCUGCCCUCGCUGGUGACCAUGGCGCUUCUCACCACUCAAGACAUCAAGGCAAUGUAGGCGGUAUUGACGAACGUCGCGGACGUGAUGACACGAUGGUCUCUGGAGGUCCUACUGCUGCUUCUGGUACUGGCGCAACUGGUACUUCUGCUCCUGGCCAUUAUACUGAUGAUCAUCCUACGAGCACCAGUGAUAUUGACCGUAAACCUACUGCUGGUGAAAAGAUCAAGGGUAACCUCGAGAAGAUGGCUGGCAAGCUUACAGGAAAUGAGGCUAGAGCUGUCAAGGGCGAUAACAUUGCCCAUGGUCGUACUGCUUAA